AUGUUUUUUGUGCAGAAAGAACGGAAGCUUUUGCAGGUGAAGCGUUUGGAUCUGGACGCGGCAAAAACCAGGCUAAAGAAAGCCAGAGUCGCCGACGCUAGAGCAGUGGUGAGUGGACUAUAUACUGUCCCUUUUGUUUCAACACACACACACACACACACACACACACACACUCAAGUCUGAAAUGGGUGGUAAUAUAGCACAGUGUUAAUUUGUAGAUAAUAAAUUACUAAUAAGAACAACAUCAACAAAGAAACCUUGUCAAGAGAGACCAUGUUGGACGGGUGAAAGGUAUUUGGGCGUAGUCUGCUAAGUCUCCUGACACACACGUCACUAGACUGAUGCACAACGCUGUGGCCUUGGUUACACAACAUUGGCUGAACCUUCCCCCCCUCCAUGACACACUGUCACAUGGCUCGCUAUGAGAAGGGCCAGUUCCUAAUUUCUAUUUCUCUGGAGCUCCUCGCUCUCUCGUCCACCAUCCUGUUUUCCUGUAGCUCUCCUCCUCCUGUCCUCCUAUCUAGCCCUGUAAGUCCUCUCCUCUGUGUACGUCUUCUCUUUCUUGCUACAUGUUCAGUCUCCUGCAUGUCACAUGGGUGGCUGAAGGCUGGUUGCCUUUUCAUUAAUGUGAAUGCAUGGCCUGUAUCAUUGAAACUGUAGUGGAAUAGUUUCUAGGCUAAUGCUAACUAGUCUCUACCAGGCCAGGUACAUGCAUACUCUAAUUCAGGGAUCAUCAACUAGAUUCAGCCGAGGCCCCAUUGAGGGGAUGGUCCGUGGGCCGGAACAUAAUUACAAAUCAUUUGUCUACUGCAAAUGAACCGCUAGAAGCCCAAACAGAUAUAUUAGACUAAAACAUAAUCAUUUCAAACGUUGCUUACAUUUCUAUACGAUCACAUAUCUCUAAUAUGCGUGGGAAUACUUUGGAACAGAUUUCCAAAAUUAAAAUCACUUGGCACUGAUUUGCUGGUGUUUUGUCUUUUGUGUCCAACAUUUAUUUUCUCAGAAAACAAGUACUUUACUGACAACACUUAGCCUAUUAUACAAUAGAACUGGAUGUCAAAUACUGUACUACAUAACAGCUUGAAACAGGCUUAUUACACUACAGUAUCUAAGGUAAAAGGCCCAUGUAAAGUGGUGUGCCCUCAUCAUAUGGUGACUGUGUAGGUCUGCCUUCUCUUGUGAUCCACCCUUCAUUAUCUAGUUAGCACUAUACCUUAGCUGUGGCCUUGGUUUCCCUGCAAGCUUUGUUGUUACCAGUCUAACUGAUAUGAUCUGAUGUCAUCAUGACUGACUGAGUGACCAUGUCCUUCAGAGAAUUGAGCUGUUGACUGUUACAACAGACGCAGCACAUUACCAAACUACGAAGUGUGACGUUGUGAAACAACAAGUAGCAGUGAUGGUUAAAAAACAUAUCCUCGUGAUCCGCAUUAACAGGGCAAUCUGGGAUUCAAACAUCAGCAAAGUGGUCAGUCACCCCGCCAAUUUUUUGUAAAAAGAUGGGCCUGGACAAAUGUUGUACCAAUCCCAGAUUGCCUCUUUUUUUUAAGGUAACCAGCUAAACUAAAGCUGCAUUUAGCCUAGCAUACUGUGUGUAUCUAAGUUAUGUACUGUAGGAGGCCUGAGUCAAUUUGUUGGGACAGCUGUCUGCUGUUUCCCUAAAGGAUGUCGACAACAGCAAGAGAAGGCCGCUUGGCGUUUGUUGUGAAACUGUGUCAUGUGGUUGUAGUACAGCUUGUGUAUCAGUCUGUGGAUCUGUGAAUGCUAGUGAACUGACAUGCACUAUUGUGUGGUGUAGUCAGACUAUUGUGUGUGGUAGUCAGACUAUUGUGCUGUGAUGGGAUAGUAGGCUAUGUUGUGUUGGCUGUUGACAGGCUAGAGAUAGUAGGCUAUGUUGUGUUGGCUGUUGACAGGCUAGAGAUAGUAGGCUAUGUUGUGUUGGCUGUUGACAGGCUAGAGAUAGUAGGCUAUGUUGUGUUGGCUGUUGACAGGCUAGAGAUAGUAGGCUAUGUUGUGUUGGCUGUUGACAGGCUAGAGAUAGUAGGCUAUGUUGUGUUGGCUGUGGUGUCGCAGCAGCUGUAGCUCUAAUAGAAUGACUCUGUCACUGUUUCACAACGCGCUAACGAACAGAUGUGGCCAUAGGAAGUGACCGAGGUGAGUGGAAUGUUCAGCAGCCAUGUUGGAACUGAGGACCAGAACGCCUCCUGCUGGCGUCAUGGUCAGCAGCUGUUUGUGUCAAUCAGUCUCUCUCUCUCUCUCUCUCUCUCUCUCUCUCUCUCUCUCUCUCUCUCUCUCUCUACUCUCUCUACUCUCUCUACUCUCUCUACUCUCUCUACUCUCUCUCUGGAAUAAUAAUGUAAAGCUGGAAGGAACAGAGAGGUCCAACACCAUUGUCAAUGUCACAGUGGCCAUCAGUCAAUGUUUAUGGGGCUUUUCCUCUGCAUGCAACUGCUAGAGUGAAAUGAGCCAGAAGAAUAUGCCAAUUGUCCUCUCUCUGCCUGAUAACUCCUGUUCCUGAACUACACAGAGGCACCACACAGCAUAAUGAAAAACAAAGGUUGUCCUGGUUUCACUUGGGGUUGAAAUAAAUGGCCUAAACUUCCUUUCGCGGUCUUCUUCACAAACGGGUUCAUGAUGCACAAUCAGUUGCUCCAAAACAUACUUAUAUUAAGCUGGUUUACCUUUUUUCAUCCCUGAAAGGUGUGUUGUUUUCCUGUGGCAGACAAGUGUUUCUGUGCGUCUGUGAUGACAGUGUGUGUUGUUUUCCCCCCAGGCAGAGCAGGACCUGAGGAUGACCCAGAGUGAGUUUGACAGACAGGCGGAGAUCACCAGGCUGCUCCUGGAGGGGGUCAGCAGCACCCAUGUACGUACCCUGACCUCUGACACCACGACAACCCCACGACCCUGUGACCCCGCAUGACCUCAAUCUGAGUUUGUCUGAAAUGGCAUCCUAUUCCCUUUUAUUGUGCGCUUCCUAGCGGAAUAGGGUACCCUAAAAGGAAUAGGGUGCUAUUUCAGACAGCCUCUGCCUGUCCCUGCACACAACCCUCCAUGACCCUAUGACGCCAGCAUGACCUAGAUUCUGUCUAACCCAAAGGUUCAACUACUGUACCAGCAUGCAUCUUUGGUUACAUUCAUAAAUACCUGUUUGUAGAGGAGAGUUUUCCUGUUGGUAGACAUGCCUCUCUUUCUCCCCUUUCUCUCUGUCUCCUUCUCUAUCACGCUUUUUCUCUCUUUACAAUAGGCACACCACCUCCGCUGUCUGACUGACUUUGUAGAGGCCCAGACUACAUACUAUGCCCAGUCUUACCAGUACAUGGUAGACCUCCAGAAGCAACUGGGGAGGUAUGUUUACCUACUCUGACAAAUCAUCUCCAUCUAAGUGUGUGUAGUUUAUUCUACUACAGUUUUGUUGGCACAGCAUUACAUAUAUUUCUAAAGUGUGGUUAGGUUUUUUUUUUUUACCAGUGCUACUCCUCUUCUUUCCCCAGCUUCCCGUCUACGUUCUCCUCCAACAACAACCAGUCGUCUAGUAGUUCUGGUGGGGCAAGUAUCUCAGUACCCACCAUCCCCUUGUCUGCCUCCAUGCCCAGCCCCUCUCCUGGCCGGGGCUUGUCAGGCUUCAGUGAGCUCCGGAGCUCCAGCGGCAGCCGCAAAGCCCGCGUUCUCUACGACUACGAUGCUGCCGGCAGCAGUGAACUCUCCCUGCUCGCUGAUGAGGUGGGUAACAUGGGACUGGGGUUGAGCACUUCUCAAAGCUUUAAUGGGCUCUGGUUUUGGGCAUGCCUUUCCAUCUCUCUGGUUUUUCUUGCUCUCUCUUUGCCUUUUAGCUUUCUCUUCCUCCAUCUCUCCUUCUUUCUUUCCGUCCCACCUUAUCUCAUGCAAUUGUUUGUUCCGACUUCAACAUCUGAGGUUCUUGCUGAUGAGAUGUGUUUAUUGCAUUGCUACUAUUGGACUGCCUGACUGAGAGGGAGCGUGUUCUGUCUUGUAUACGUCCUGGUCCAGGUCAUCAUGGUGAGCAGUGUCCCAGGCAUGGACUCUGAUUGGCUGAUGGGUGAGCGGGGUGCCCAGAAGGGUAAAGUGCCCAUCACCUAUCUGGAGCUGUUGAACUGAUCAGAGCGGAGUGCUGUCUGUAUGUGGGAGAGACUCCAGAGAGUCCAGACUGCGGGGCCAAUAUUCAUAAUGCAUCUCAGAGUAGGUCCUAGGAUCAUUUUUACAGUUUAGAUUAUAACUAUAUGGACAGGUGGGAUAUGAUUACCUGAUCCUAGAUCAGCAGUCAUACUCUGAGACGCUUUGUUAAUACAGGCACCAGGAUCCAGAGGAAAGCAACAAGCAAGCCCAGAGUAGUAGAGCUGGGAGCUCCUAUUUAUACUGUCGACCACGGGAUGGGGUCUGCUCCAUGCUCAUUCUGUCAAUUCAAUUAAUCAGGAGAAUUGUAAGUCAGUUAAAAACAUUGUGAAUUUAAUUUCAGUUCGUCAAAGGAAUUGGAUGGAUUGAAUUGGAACUGACCCUAUCCCUGCCGUGCCAUGUACAGUAUGCAACUAACUAUGUUUAUACAAGCCGCUUCGAUGCCUGUUUUUCUCUCAAUGCAAUCUUAAUUCAAUAUGUGCCAGACUUUCUCCACAACCUUCCAUAUGUACAACCAAACCUUUUGUUUACAAUACAAUUCAGAUGGUGAUCUUAAAGUGCUUUUUGAUGUGAUUUCUUUCUACUCACUGCCAAUUAUAGUCCAGUUUGUAAUAUGGGUGAAAUGCUAGGCAUGUCUUUUUUAAUAUUUUUAACAAGACAGAAAAGCACUUAAUUUGCAUAGGACGACUGAAAGUUAAGAUUCUUUUAUUUUUAAGUAUUAUUUUGUAGAUCAUAAUCAUAUGAUCAUCUUGAAUUGUAGCUACUGGUUGCCUUUUGACAGUUACACAGUGCCUUAUGUGAAACUGACAGACUUCCUCAGUGGAACCUUAACCAUGACAGAAUCAGGGCUAUAAAGUUCCAGGAAAAUUCCAUUAGAUUACAGUGUGCAGUUAGAAUGGGGAAGGUCUUAAAUUUCAUUAAGGAUUGUCUGGCACGGCUAGGAGAGGCAUGUGCCUCUGAUACUGUCUCAAUCUGACUGAGGUAUCUGGAGAGAUGUAUCGCUCUCUGAUGUAGGGGUGGGUUAAACAGUACAGUUAACCCUGUAAGACCCUGUUAUAAAUGCCAUAACUGUAGCUACCCAGUAAAGUAUUUGUUAAUAAGAAACCAUUUCAAACAAUCCUAUUUCUUAAUAUUGACCCCUAAUCUAUAUUUUAUUUACAUUAUCUGAGAAUUAGGGACCAACAUUUUCACUGUCAGCAACAUUAUUUUAGGAAAGCACAUCGACUUUAGGUAAGCCUUUUUAUUUCAUUCAUUCAGUAGUAGCAACUCUCAAGGAGCCUCAGGUAUUCUCUUACUGCUUCUGAUUUGAUUAUACAAUAUGGUUAAUUAGUCAGUUUAAUAUGGGCUGUCCUCAGUGCUCUGCGGCAUGUGGCUAGGCUUUAUGUUUACUUUGAUGGGCAACAGUGCCUUAAUGGAAAGCAAGAGGUGGUCUUCAUUUUUUCAGUACUUACAUGUAGUGUGUAACCAACCAGAUGCCCCCCCCCCCCCCCCCCCCCCCCCCUCCCCCAACUCCUAUGCACGCACGCACACACACACCAAUGGAGGCUGCUGAGGGGAGAACGGCUCAUAAUGAGGGACGGAAGGUAGCAAAUGGAAUGGCCUCAAACACAUAGAAACCAUGUGUUUGAUGUAUUUGAUACCAUUCCACUGAUACCGCUCCAGUCAUUACCACAAGCCUGUUCUUCCCAAUUAAGGUGCCACCAACCUUCUGUGACACACAAACACAAACAAACUAGUUCAUUGGGGAGGUUAAAUUAUAUAAUGGCUUAUUGCUGCUUAUUGUUUUUUGUUUUUUUACUGUAAUCAUAGAAUUGUAAAGAAUAUAUGCAGUAUGGUAUUAAAGUAAUAACAUUUUGCUUGACCGUCUCUUGUUUUUAUUCAUAUUAACAUGUCACAUUAAGGGAGUUAGUCCUUUUUGUAACCACUACAGGACAAGCUUGUUGUGACUGCUCUGUGAUGACCCUAUGGUGAGGACCAAGGGUCAAUCUCAAUUAUACCCCAUGUCCUCUCCUCGCCUCCUCAAAACGCACUAGAGGGGAAGGUUAGAGGUUCCUCCCCUUGGGCCUUCUGCUCCAAUGCGUUUGGAGAAGGAAGCGAGGAAAGAGGACAUGAGGAGUCAAGGAAAUUCAAAUGAGACCAUAACAAAGCUGUCAAGAACUUGUUCUCCAUGGAUAUUCAUUAGCGUUCUGCACAACUUAUUACAACACAUCCAACUGGGCACAAAAUAAAUAGGGCCAAAUGAUCUUUUGUCCCAGCGGCAGUAAGGCUUUCUCAAUGUUUAAAUCCACAUGUAGGACUACAGCUAACAUUGUAGUUUAUAUAGUGUUAUGUUGUGUACAGAUGAAACAUUGAUUGCUCACGAAUUGCACUUUUUCUACCUGUAUUUAUUGUCUGUAUAUGUCCUUAGUCUAUCUUCGAUUGUGUUAUGUAUGCACAGAGCUGCAACCUACAUUUCCCCAUGGGGAUAAUGAAGUUAUCUUAAUUUAAGAUUAUAUGCAUCUUUAGGCACUAUAUAAAGGUCAGUACAUAAUCAAGGUUCAUCCUGCUUGGCCUUGGCACAUGAUUAAUUAUGAACAAAAAAUAUAGAUACCGGUAUAUUGUCAGGAUUCAUUUAAUUUGUUUAACUUUAAGGUCCACUUACACCAAUACAAUGCUUGCGUCUCAAAUGGUACCCUACCCCAUAUAGAGUGCACUACUUUUGACCAGAGCCCUUAGGGCCCUGGACAAAAGUAGUUCACCUAAUAUGGAAUUGGGUUCCAUUUGGGAUGCAGCCUAUUAAACCCCAUGGUUGAAGCAAACACUAUUGUACACUAGUAGAACUGUUCUCUUUGGUUGCAAUCCACCAGCCUGUGAUUGAGUUCAGAGAGGAGAAGGUUAAGAGGAAGUGGAGCUCAGAAACCUUUCCACUUCCAGUGUUGCUGCCCAUUACUCAUGCUCACAUGCAGAGGCCCAGAGCAGUGCAGUUCCUUCCCAAAACUAUGAAUGUGUAA